UCACCAUCUCCUGAAGAAAAUAUAGAAGAUGGGCCAAACUCUGAAGAAAUUAGCUCCUGGAACGGAGGAGAACCAGAUUAAGGAAAUUAGACCCAUAAUAGAGAAGUGCUAUGAAACCCAUUUUGCAGGCACCUUUGAGGAACCAACCUUAACUGACUUUUACCGAGCAAUAUGCGAAACUGUCGAAGAAAUCAACAAGCAGCUUGGUAACACACAAUUUUGCUUGCCAACGGAAAGCAAACUCAGGCAAGCAUACGAAGAGAAUUUUCCAGUAAGGAUGCCCAACGUCAAUCAGAUGGGUCUAUAUUUUAGAAUGGGCAUGAAGAACCACCACCAAGGCAAAGGAAGAUCAUUGACAAGGGAAGAGUUUCAAAGGAUUUUCCAAGAUGUGAUUUUGGGUACAGGAUUUACUGGUGUAGGAGGAGCCAAGGACACACUGAUUUACAUCUUUGGUGUUCCACUCACUGCCUUGUUUGUCAAGCAACGACUGAUGCCACGUGUCAUUCCUAAUGAGAUUUUCAUUCCAUGCGUCACCUCUGCCACCGUCUUCGUACUUGCUAAGCUCAACAAGAUAUGAGCAAUGGGGCACUUGCCAACUGAGGGUUUUCCAUAAAUGAUACA